AUGGACCUUUCUGUGUAUGAGCAUGCGUUGGAACUUUGGUCCAAGGCCGAUUUGACCACUCUGCAGAAGCAGCUGGAUAAAGAUGUCAUUGAUAUGAAGGAGAAAGAGACUCAAUUCCUGGACUCGAGGAAAAAUUUGGCAUCUGAGACUAAGAUAUUCAAGAAAUUGGCCUCCGAAGAGAAAUUGGCAAAUGUUAAUAAGAUCAUUAAACAUUAUCAACAAGAGAUUGAUAGCUUAACGAAGAGGUCCAAGAGUUCUGAGGUGAUUUUGUUGGAUCUUUAUGGGAAAUUAGCAGAAGCACCGGAUCCUAAACCACUGUUGCAGAAUUCUUUGCAGAAAUUGGGCAAAACCGAUGACUCAAAGGCUUUAAGAGAACAGAUCGAGUUACUGGAGGAUAAAUUGGCCAAGUAUGCAGAUUAUGAAAAUUUGAAAUCGAGGUUAUUGGAUUUGGAACAAAACUCAGCUGUAACCUUAGUAAAACGUUUAACUGCUAAGGAACAGGAAGUGAAUUCGAGAUGGGAGGAGAAACAACGUAAUUGGGAAGAAAGAGAAUCAAAAUUAAUGAGCCAGUUGGAAAAAUUAGAGAAAGGUGUUUCAAAUGAAGGUAAAGAUCAGACUUCAGGAAAUGUCACUGAGCAUAAUCUAUUGGAGCAAGAGUUGGAAACUGCCCAGUCCAGAAAUUUCGAGUUAGAGAAAAGGAACGAAGAGUUGAAUGUUGCGUUGACUAAAGCUACAAGCAAUGCGGAACAGGAAUUACAAUUGCAAUCCAGGGACACGAAGAUCAAGCAAUUGGAAAGUGAGAAUGCUUUGUUGAGUGCAACAUCAGAGCAUGAACAUCAAUCGCAUAAGAAAAUUGAGAAGCAGUUAACUGAGCAAUUAGCAGCACUACAAGCAGAGACCGAUUCUUAUAAAUCAGAGAUCAAAUCAAUCAGGAUGAAACUGGAUAACUACUCCGACUAUGUUCAAUUAAAGGAAGAAUUAUCAGCAUUGAAGAGAAUUGAAUUUGGUACGGACCAGGAUGAUGAAGAAAAUGGCGAUGACAAUGCUCAAAAUAAAGUUGAAUCUGGCAUAAUCUCUGCGAACAAGAAAUUGCAAAGUAACCUGGCUGAACUUAGAGGGAAACUGGCCGACAGAGAGGAAGAAAACAUCUCUUUACAAAAGCAAUUAGUCGAAUUAAAGGAAAGAGUAACAAAGACAGAGGCUUUAAACCAAAAACUCGAAGAAGAUCUUGAUAAAGUCGAAGAGGUCGAUCAAAAAUUUAAUGAUACAGCAAGCAUGAUGUCCGGAGCGACAAGACAAAUAAAUAACCGCUCAGGCAGACUAUCUCCCACAAGUUCCAUUGCGGGGAUUCCCGAAGAAUCUGAAAUGCCCACAAAUUUCGGCAACAAUACGAUCUUACCCAUUAUCACCAAGCAACGUGAUAGACUACGUGGCAGAAAUACUGAGUUGGAGAAGCAAUUAAGGCAACUUGGCACUGAUAAGAACAAAUUGAAAAGUGAAAUGACCAAAUUAAAGACAGAUAAUACCAAACUUUAUGAACGUAUACGCUACCUCUCCCGAUACAGCGGUAACACCGGAGACGCAUCUGUAGCCGAUGUUGAUACAGAGGCUCAAUAUUCGCAAAUAUAUGAAGACUCAAUUAAUCCUUUGAACACUUUGAAGAAGAAAGAACUAGAGUAUUACAAGAGGAACAGAUUGUCCUUAUGGGAAAAGUUGUUUUUGAGUUUCGCUAGAAUAAUUCUCGCGAAUAAAGUGACAAGAAUGGCAUUCCUAUUGUAUUGCAUUGGUAUACAUGGUCUCAUCUUGAUGAUGAGCGUGUAUGUAAUCAAUUUAAGUGGUUACAUGACGCCGGAAGUCGGUAUUGUACAGUCAUCGACAGGGUCUUCAAGAUUAGUUCAGAACCACAACGUUUAA